AUGCCUAAACAACCCUCAAAGUCGGGCAAGAGGCUGAAGCGCGACGACGAUAAUGACUCUGACGACAGCGAUGAAGACCUUCAACCCAUACACUUCUUCGUACCCGGUGAAAACAUCAACGCCGCCGUGCUGGUCGAUUACAUUACACGAUGGGUGGAUCGCACUGCAAAGAUUACAUCGGCCCAACAUCCCACGGAUAAAACAAGAACAGGUUUCAGCGUCCUAGCGAAAAGAGCGCUCAAUGCCGUUAGCAUUCGCGAUCUCAUCAAUGAUUCUAAAGACUGGGACUUGGAGACACAAAGCAGAGAGUAUAGAAAAGAUCCGUACGACUAUAGAGAAUCGGAUACUGCCAGGCGUCGAGCCAAAAAAGGCCCUUCAGAAGGCGGCACCAAUCGACCUCAGCAACCUCGGGGCAAACGAGAAGUAACAAACGAGCCUGCUGACACAGGGCGGCAGGAGCGAGCUACAUCAACCAUGGCCGGUAGCCCUCCGCAACCUGCGUACCAUCAGCCUCAACCUCAGUAUAGCCAGUAUCCCACCCAUUCUCAGUCGCAAAACAUUCAACCGAGCCCGAGUCCGUACUAUCAAGGACAAACAAGACCCGACCAACCCUCCCCGAGUUUCAACAUCACCGUUAACACCGCAACGUUUGCGCCUAGACCGGGACAACCUGGUCAGUACAUGCCCAGUGCAUAUCAGUCUACUGGAUAUGCAAAUGUUGCGCCGCAUGAGUCUGAACCGCCGCCAGCUUAUCAGCAGUCUAUGAUCAGUCGUGGGCCAUCAAACCCCCAACCCCCAUCACAGCCCGGCCCUGAUACCUUCGACGCAAACAAGGCGGUGACAACUCGACACUACCCUCCCCAAGCAACGCGACAAGGCUCGACAGACUCCAAAGAGGACUUUCCUCGACCACAAGGUGCCCAAGAUCGUCGGCCCUCAACGGUUGACCAGUCGGGGCGGAGAUCUGGUCGUUAG